AUGCAUUUUCACUCUGCAGGAAGUGUUCUCUGUUAUACGAAAUCCUCCAAGAUGAUGAGUUCUAAUCCUGAGGAAGACCCUUUGGACACAUUUCUGCAGUAUGUGGAGGAUAUGGGGAUGAAAGCAUAUGAUGGCUUGGUGAUUCAGAACGCCUCAGACAUUGCUCGAGAGAAUGAUCGCCUGAGAAAUGAAACGAACCUGGCCUAUUUGAAGGAAAAGAAUGAAAAACGCCGAAGACAAGAAGAAGCCAUAAAGCGAUGCUGGGGAGAGCUGGUCAGGGGACCUGAUUUAUCUUAUAGCACAAAACAUGCCACAACAAAAUUCUUGGCCUUCUGUGAUCUGCCAGCCCCCCAAAAUCGCGUAGACAUUCCCUUGACUAGACACUUUACCCUGACCUCCCAGAGUGCUAGGAGUACAGGUGGGAGCCACAAUGCCCAGUCAUGUGGCAGCCAGCAACCUCCGCCUCCUGGACCAGAAUAGGAUCCAUAUCUUGAAAAACUAACAGAAUCACAUGAAAGUUUGGAAUUUCAGUCCAAGGAAAAAAAUGGAAAAUCUAUCAAAGAGGCUGAACUAUCGACCAAACCAAGACCUCACAGUGAUGAAUAUUCCAAGAAGAUUCCUCCUCCCAAACCGAAGCGGAACCCCAACACUCAGCUGAGCACGUCCUUCGAUGAAACCUACGUGACAAAGCACGGGCCCCGGAGGACGUCUCUGACCCGGGACUCCUCCCUGUCGCAGGGGGGUAGCCCCGCGGGAGACCCCGAGGAAGAGGAGCCCGUGUACAUCGAGAUGGUGGGGAACAUCCUCAGAGACUUCAGGAAGGAGGACGACGACCAGAGCGAGGCCGUCUACGAGGAAAUGAAGUACCCCAUCUUUGACGACUUAGGCCAAGAUCCCAAAUGUGACUUUGACCAUCACAGUUGCUCUUCGCAGUGUGCUACGCCCACGGUGCCUGACUUGGACUUCGCCAAGUCCUCAGUGCCAUGCACUCCUAAGGGACUGCUUUGCGACAUCCCUCCGCCGUUCCCCAACCUCCUUUCCCACAGACCCCCACUGCUGGUGUUCCCACCAGCCCCCGUGCAUUGCUCCCCCAAUUCUGACGAGUCCCCGCUGACCCCCCUGGAGGUCACGAAGCUCCCGGUGUUGGAAAACGUGUCUUACAUGAAGCAGCCGGCCGGAGCGUCCCCGUCUCCGUCCUCUCUGCCGUCUCACACCCCUGGCCACGCGAAGCUGGACAAAGACCAGCCCGGAGCCCUGGGACCCGCUUCUGCGGCCUCCGUGCUGUCCUCGUCCCCACCGCCCCCCUCCACUCUAUACCGAACCCAGUCUCCCCACGGCUACCCCAAAAGUCAUUCCGCCUCCCCCUCCCCGGUGAGCAUGGGGAGGUCCCUGACCCCCCUGAGCCUCAAAAGGCCUCCCCCGUACGACGCCGUGCAUUCGGGCAGCCUGUCCAGGAGCUCUCCGCCAGUGCCUCACUCCGCCCCCAGGCCCGUGUCGCAGGACGGGGCGAAGAUGGUCAACGCCGCGGUGAACACGUACGGGCCAGGGGCCCCGGGCGGCUCUCGCUCCAGGACGCCCACCAGCCCCCUGGAGGAGCUGACCAGCCUCUUUACCUCAGGACGCAGCCUGCUGAGGAAGUCGUCCGGCGGCCGGCGCUCUAAGGAACCCGCGGAGAAAUCCACAGAGGAGCUGAAAGUCCGAAGCCACAGCACGGAGCCAUUACCAAAGUUGGACAACAAGGAGAGAGGCCACCAUGGGGCGUCUUCCUCCAGAGAGCCUGUCAAAGCUCAGGAAUGGGAUGGAACACCAGGUCCACCUGUGGUCACCAGCAGAAUGGGGAGGUGCUCGGUGAGCCCUACCUUGUUGGCAGGAAACCACAGUUCAGAACCUAAAGUAAGCUGCAAAUUAGGCCGGUCCGCAUCGACGUCAGGUGUGCCUCCUCCAUCGGUCGCUCCUCUCAGGCAAGCCGCUGACCUGCAACAGAGCCAGGUCGCAUGCAUGCAGUGGUUUCAUGGAGAUCAUACAAUGCUUGAGAUGAUUGAGAAAAAGCGUUGCUUGUGCAAGGAAAUAAAGGAUAGACAGAAAACGGAAAAGGGCCUUUGCAAACAGGAUAGCAUGCCCAUCCUGCCCAGCUGGAAGAAGAACGCAGGUGCAAAGAAGUACAGCCCUCCCCCCUACUCUAAACAGCAGACGGUGUUCUGGGAUACGGCCAUAUGA